AUGCGUCUCGACAUCGCGGGCCACCACGACGUUAAUUUACAAGACUACUGUGACUGGCUCAAGUCUCGGGUGAAGAACGAAUCAUAUAAACAUGAAUAUCAAAAAGCAGCCGACUUUCUUCUCGAGAAAGCCUUCGAUCUCGACUUGGUCUAUGAGGACCAGAAUCCUGGUUUCCUCGUUGAGCAAGGAGAAAUAGAGGAAGGCAUCACUCGGCGAUUUGUGAAGGACAUUCCUUUAUGGGUCAAACGUUGCGGGCUGCAUGAGACAUAA